AUGUUCGCAAAGACUGGGCUCCUUCUGCUGACGGCGGCGGCGGGCGUCGUGGGCGACUUCAUGGUCUAUACAGAGCCGCCAAUCCCAACGUCGGCCAUCCCAACCUUCGCGAACCCAUCCGAUGCCUCGAGCUGGACAACCUCCGUCUUCCUCAACGCGCAGAUAGCUUACGGCCGCUUCACAGGCUCACUCGGCGAGCCCUACCAAUCCUCCCUCACAUCCGCCCGCUCCGAAAUCGACGCCUUCGUCCGAACUGCCACAAAUUACAGCAUCCCCGCCGAGGUCACCAUGGCUGACGAGACGCCCACAUACUUCUCAAGGCCAGAUUGGUACACAGCCCUGCCCAGUGCGGCCAGGUCCUUCAAGGAACAGCAGGUCAGCGACCAGUUCAGCAUCGUGAGGAGCGUCAUUGCCGCGAGGGCUCCUACUUCCACGACGGGCUCUGAGGGAGCCGCCAUGCCCACUGCACUUGCUGGACAGUGGCUUCCGGCUGAGUUUGGCGUCAUGGCGGCUGCGGCUGCGGCUGCCUUUUUGUGA